UACAUAUUUUCAGCGUUAUUCGACAGAGGACAUUUGAAUUUCGCGCGAUAGCUGAGGCGGUGUCAGAUUGGCCACGCAUGCGUGGGUGCACUAUGUAGGAGAAGUACUGGCUAUCUCAACAGGUUGUGGGAGCAAUGGUCAACAGAAAGCCCAUCAUACGAGUCUGCUUGCUGAUAUUGGUGACGGCGAGCUGUCAGUCUGCAGAGAAAGAAAGACAUGGGAAGACUCGAAAGAUAGCAGGACCAGGAGUUCUAGAUGCGAUCAAGAUGUCCAGACAAGGUCUAGACGAUGAUGUUGAACAUCACAAUUGGAAGAUGACGGAGACAGUGAACUCCUACUCUCCAUCGUCUGAGGGAUGGUUUAGCUCGUGGUUGUGGGGUUCUUCUUCGACUACAAAGUCUUCAGAUUCAGAUGCUGAUAUCCCUGAAAGAGUCGAACAAGUCUUGAGACUCGACAAUGUAACCAGUCAAUGUUACCUCGACAGGCCACGUAUUCACUUUGCGGGACAAUUCCGAGCAGACGUAUCGACUAUCAACAACUGCUACGACAACUUCGCAACUGACGAUUUUAAAAUCGUCGACGGGACCAUCACAGACGACGAACAUGCCUUCUGGAACCCGACAGGCACGGGAGUGUUCAAUUUCCACAAUGUUGCCAUUACGUCUGUGUGUCCACAAAACGGUUCCUGCACAACCGACGACCCUCUAGUUUCGCGUCGAGUCACUAUUGACACCGUACUAUCGGGCGGUAGCGGUAAGCUUGUCGAUUUGGACGUCGAAUAUCAGUUUUCCUCUCUGCUGUACGGUCUGAAAUUUGGAAUUAGCGAGCACGACCACGAGGGCGGAAUUGCAAACAAGCAGGCUAUCCUUGUGGGACACUAUCAUCCUGUUGGGUUCAAAGGAAUAUGGAGCAGUGUCACUAAUCUUCACGGAGACAAAGCUAUGUCUGCGACGUACCAAUCAAUUCUUCAAAAUCUGACUUGGAACGACCAGCGACUAAACUUAUUCUAUUCGUCUGGUUCCGACCAGGACACGCAUGGCUUUUUGAGAAGACUAAGAGAGUUGUCGCCAUUAGCCCUAUCCAUCUCCUUCACCGUGUAUGGAUACGAUGACGAAGCUGCGACUGACUGUUUCACAUACGGAUACGUCGUCGGUACAAUUGGUGUCUCGGGAGACCCCAGUGAGACACCAAUUCAGUACGUGCGCGGCAGACAACUCGACCCUCUUCCAUCUUCUACAAUUACAAACACUCUUCUAACUAGAGCUGAGUUUGUACUCAGAGAUACGAGAAAGGCUUUAAUUAUCGACUUUGGGAAUUCCCUGAAAAGAUAUAAGAAUGAAACGACCAAGCAAAUUCAUCUAGAUACGAACGUCAUGGGUAAGCGGUUAUGUAUGACAUUAAGAAACGGGCACGAACUGGGAAGGGUCAAUCUCACCGAUGAGUGGUACGUCAGGACAGCCGGGGUCGUUGAAGUAGACUUGACACACGACACCGGCGGGUACGACGGUCUGCGCACGAGUCCAUUGCAAGUUGUUAAUUGCAGCGAUUCGUCGAUCGUUUUCUUGAGUGAAUCGUAUUACCAUGUGAGACCGAUGGGCGACGUCUUUAGUAUCAUGGAUCCAGGAGAAAAAAUAUCACAGAAAUUUUUUGUUACUCACAUGGGAUACCCGGUGGCUAAUCACAAGAUCUCGUUCGCAGUGGCUCCGUAUCAUGAACAAACAAUGUGUAGCCAGUUAGAUCCGGACGAACGUGGAUCACAGUCGAGAUGCAGUUGCAGCUACACCAUGACAGCCAAUGAGAAAACUAGAGCGUCACACGGACUGAUGGUGAAUGAGCAGACCAAUUGGACUGUCUACACAGACACAAAUGGGGAGGUCAGCAUCACGCUAACAGCUGGAGAUCCCGGGAAAGUCAGGAAAUAUGUUGACGGUUUGGUCUAUUUGGUGAGCUACCUUCCAAACACAUCGUUCGAUGGCCGAUCCUAUCACGAUGCCCCUCUUGUUGUUCGAGUUUUUGACACAUUUACUUGGGAAGGAGAACCAACGUGGUACGGAAAGAAUGGCGUUCGAUCCAUAUUGCAACAGUACGACAAUCUCUACCCCACAAUGAGGCAUAUUCUCAGUAUGAGCGAUUACGACAGUGUUAUCGAUGGCGUCAACAUUCAACACUUGAAUUCCUCCUUGAGAGCAGAGAGGACAGCACCCGGUCACAUGCCGGUCACCAGAGAUUUAUCCAAAGACAAAAGAAACAUGAUCCUUCAAUGGCUUGAUCAACCAUUUCCUCCUAAAAAAGGACGCAAAGAAAAAUGCACUCUCGAAGAACUGAGGAAAGAACUGCAACUCGCUCUUCAGGUGGAGUUCUACACCAUACCUCCAUACGCGUACGCCCUCUACUCCAUCAAAGAAGGUGCAAAUCAGGAAAUUGCCAAAUUGAUUUCACGAAUCGUUGUCGAAGAAAUGGGACAUCUCGCGAUUGUAGCCAACAUACUCAAUGCCAUUGGAGGAGAUCCACGAAUUUUUGACCAAAACUUCAUUCCCGUUUUUCCAAGCAGGCUUCCAGGAGGCAUAGAACCAAACCUUGUACUACGACUGGCUCCCUUAAGUCUCGACCUCGUCAGAAACGUGUUCAUGAAGAUAGAAACUCCGACCCAAUCGACAAUAGAAUCUGAUGAUAGCAUUCACAAUGACACGAUUGGUUCCUUCUACGCCAGGAUUCGCAGAGACAUGGAGCGACUCGAAAGAGAAAGCAACAAGAAGAAUACGACCAUCUUUACUGGUAAUCGUACGAGGCAAGUGGAUUUCAUGGCUUCUCCGGUAACGAACUUGGAAGAGGCACUGGAAGGCAUUCGUCUCAUUGUCGAACAAGGAGAAGGAACAUCACAGAUGAAUCCGACCGACGAGUACAAAGAACUGGCUCAUUACUACAAAUUUGCUGAGAUAGUUCACGGUCGCCAACUGUUCAAGCAACCCGACGGGAACUGGGAGUACGCAGGACCUAUUAUUCCAUUCGAUCUCAACGGAGUGUGGCCAUUGCCCGAGAACCCAAAGUUGACCGACUACCCCUCCGGAUCCCGUGCUCGAAUGUUGGCUGAAGAUUUCUGUCGUCUGUAUUUGCAAACACUGCACGAACUGCAGAACGCUUUCGACGGUAAUCCUCAACUGUUACCGACUGCAGUAGCCAACAUGUUCCUGCUGAAAAUAAAGGCUAGAGAGAUGGUACAAACACAAGUUCAACCAGGACUUAACGCUGGGCCAACGUUUGAGAAUCCUCUCCGCGUAGGGAGAGACCAAACAAAACAAGUUUAAGGAGUAAAAAUCAACCGUCAAGCGCUCAAGACGGUUGCAACUUGUCUAGCAGAAGUUGGUACGACAAAUAAUUGCAGUUGACAGUAGACGCAUGCUGGCAGAUACUCGUCGCUUGUAGUAUCUAUAGGCAGAAAAAUUAUUUGUGAAUUGUGAAUGGAAUUGGUAUUGGCA